AUGUCGCGCUUUGCGGGAAGAUCUCUGGACAGGAUAUGGUUCUAUUUCUUCGUGAUGCACAUCCCGAUUUCCCUAGCUGUCGACUUUCAAGCUCUCUAUCCUCCCAGCUGGAUAGUCAAUACACCACUGCCGGCAUUCAUCAAAUGGUAUAUGGGUUGGUCUAGAGAUCCAGUGAUAUUAGGAGCGUUGGGCGGUUCUCCACUUUGGCAUUGGAUGAAAGCCUUCUUUUGGCUCGAGGCGGUGUUCCAGCUCCCAUGUUGGAUCUUGGGUGCCUGGGGAAUGUGGACGAAUGACAAGCGCGUAUACCCCCUACUCCUAGCUUAUGGCGCAUCCACCGCGACGACCCUCCUCCCGACUCUGCAAGCUCUGUUCACGGUCCCUUCGACUCCGCCACUCUCAACGUUGGAGCUCGCCAACCUUUUGGGAUGCUAUGUCCCAUAUCUUCUCAUACCGCUUGGCAUUGCGAUGGACAUGUCCAUUAGGCUCCAUCGCAUCAUUGCGCACUCUCAGGCGAGAAAAGCAAUCUGA